AUGGGUGUGGGCAGGCAAAGGAUUCAGCAAACAAAACUAACUAUAGUUCCACAUAGUACAUUCCUCACUGAAUCACCAAAUGUGCAAGAAGAAAUUGUUACUCUACAUAACAGUCUCAGGAGAAAAGUAAUACCAAUGGCUAGCCACGUGCUGAAAAUGAGUUGGAAAGAAGAAGCUACACAAAAUGCCAGAAAUUUGUCAAACAAUUGUGACUUGGUAGAGAGCAACACACUUAAUAGAAGAAUUGCAAAUACUUUUUGUGGAGAAAAUACACAUUUGGCAUCUGAUCCUAUCUCAGGGUCAAAUUUAAUUGGAAUCUGAUACAAUGAGUCCAUAUAUUUUAAGGAUGGAGAAUGGACAUCAAUGAAUGGAGACAAAACGGUUGAUCAUUACACUCAGAACUUUAAAUGUAUCACCUUCUAUACUGCAACUACUUCUUACCUCAUUGGCUGUGAUGUGUCAUCAUGCUACAAAAAAAUAUCACCUUAAUAUUUCCAUGUUUGUCACAACUGUCAUGAGUAUUUAUCUGCAGGAAAUGGACCUGACACAAAGAAUGAACCUUAUAAUGUGGGAAGUCCAUGUGAAGACUCUCCAGAUGACUGUGAAGAUAAGCUUUAUACUAACCCCUGCAUCUACCAGGAUGAAUACCUGAACUGUAAGUUACAAAAGCAAGUUCUUGGAUGCAGCCACCCAUCAGCUCAAUUACUGUACAUAGCUAGCUGUCUCUGUGACAUUGAGAUAGCAUAA